UCGCUCUCUCUCUCUCUCUCUCUCUCUCCUAGGGUUAGGGUUUUUCUCUCUCCUCCCCCACUCUCUCUUUCUCUCUCCUGAGUCGGCUAAGAUUUGGGCUUCGUUGUCGAAAUCUUCUAUCAAGGAAACCUCCACCCGUCUCCAGAUCUCACGAUGGCGGCCGUCGCUCCCGCAGCUGACAAAACUACUGAUUUGCUGCAGAAGCUUUCCAUGGAGCCCAAGAGCAAGGCAAAUGAUGCUCCUGAUGCUAACAAGAAGCAUGCUGCUUUCAAUGGUGGGAAUAAGCAGAAUGCAGCUGUACCGACCGUGGAUCGUUCAGUGACACCUAUACUUCAGAAUACCGAUCCGAACAUUUGGUAUUUUUCCAAUGGGUACGCGCCUUAUAUGUAUGGAGGUUUUGACUCAACGAAUGAGUGGGAGGAAUACCCUAGAUAUGAUGGAGGAGAGAUGCCACAUCCGGGAGUUUAUGGAGAUGUUUAUCAUCCUGGAUAUGGAUAUCCGUCUUACGGUGCAUAUCCAUCUCCUGGUUCCCCAGCUCCUACUGUUGGGCAUGAUGGUCAGUUGUAUGGCCCUCAACACUACCAGUAUCCUGCACAAUACUACCAACCACCUUCACCUGCCAACGCACCAUAUACACCUAGCCAAGCUCCAGCAGCAAAAGAAGUCGUUUCUACCUCUACUGCUCCAGAUCAGCCACCUAUUUCUCUCGAUGCAGCGAAAGUGCAUGCAAAUGGAGUUGCUAAUGGGACAACAACUGGGAACAAUGGUUCAGUGCUGCAGAAGCCAAGCCCACAAAAUACGUCAUUGACGUCAAAUGGUUCAUAUGGUAGAGGUGGGAUUCCUUCGUCUGGUUACCAGGAUCCAAGAUUCAGCUUUGAUGGAAUGAGAUCACCUGUACCUUGGUAUGAUUCCUCUCUCUUCCCUGAUGCGCAGCACAGGAUGUCGACAAAUCCAUCAACUGGUUCACAUGGUACAAACUCUACAUCCGGAAGAAGUCAGAAUCUACGCCCUCUCCCACAUCUCAUGGGUUUGCACAACACAAGACCAAUGUCCGGGAUGGGGCCAGCGACUCCUGGGUUGAUGAGUAGGAUGUACCCAAACAACAAAAUGUACAAUGCUUUUAGCACCGGUCUUGGGUUUAGAUCAAAUUUUUAUGAUUCCAGGACAAAUGGGCGAUGGGGGGCUGUUGAUAGCAAGUACAGGCCAAGAGGCCGAGGCAAUGUUUUCUACGGUUAUUCCAAUGAGAACGGAGAUGGUUUGAGUGAACUGAACAGAGGACCCAGAGCCAAUCGCCUUAGAAACCAGAAGGGAUUUGGACCUAAUGUCACUACUGCAGCAAAGGGAGAUAAUAUUUCAACCAAUGCUAAUGUUGAGGAUCCUAGUGUAGUCCCUGAUAAGGAGCAGUACAACAAGGCUGAUUUCCCUGUAGAUUACUCAGAUGCUAAGUUUUUUGUCAUUAAAUCUUACAGUGAGGAUGACAUCCAUAAGAGCGUUAAGUACAACGUUUGGGCCAGCACUCCUAAUGGGAACAAGAAGCUGGAUGCUGCUUACCAGGAAGCACAAGAGAAAGCGGGUGGUGGCCCUAUCUUUCUCUUCUUCUCUGUAAAUACUAGUGGACAGUUUGUUGGUGUUGCAGAGAUGGUGAGUCCAGUUGAUUUUAACAAGACUAUGGACUACUGGCAACAGGACAAGUGGAAUGGGUGUUUUUCUGUUAAGUGGCAUAUUGUCAAAGAUGUUCCCAACAGCAUCCUCAAGCAUAUAACUCUUGAGAACAAUGAUAACAAGCCGGUUACAAACAGUAGAGACACCCAGGAGGUAAGGCUUGAGCAGGGUCUUCAAGUGCUUAAGCUUUUCAAGGAACAUGUCAGCAAGACUUCUAUCUUGGACGAUUUCAAUUUCUAUGAGACCCGUCAAAAAGUUAUCUUAGAAAAAAGAACAAAGCAACAGCUUCACAAGCAGGCAACGGAUGGAAAGUCAACAGACUCUGUUGAUGAGAAAGUCAAUGGGAAGCCUAUUUUGCAGAAACCACUUGAAGCAGUAACCCUUCUGAAGAAGGAAGCCAACACUACUGGUCUUGGGGAAAGUAAACCAGCUGAGGAGAAUGGCUUGGCACCAGUUAGUGCUGAUGACAUCUCGAAAGUUGCUAAAGCAGCGACUGAGAAAAAGAUUGUAGCUAAUGGUGUGACUAAUGGCUGUUAGUUUCAUCGAUCCACUAGUAAUCUGCUGUAGCCAAAUGGAUUCGAUGAGGAAGAAAAAAAAGGUUCAUUGAGUUUAUUGGAAGUCACUCGCAAAUGAGAUUUCUGUCUUGAAGGGGCUGCAGUUUUUAACUGGUGGGAUUGUGUUCCGUGGCAAAUAAAGAUCUUUCUCAGCAAAUCUGAGCUGGUAAAGGCUGGUGCUUGAGUUCCUCUUUCGAUUCUCUCAUAGUAGUUGGGUCGUGUUUCUUUCUCUCUAGGUAAAGGACUUCGCGGUGGGUGUAUUAUUAGUCUGUAUCUGCAUUAUUUUCUUUUCUAAAAUUUGUGUUGGGUAUUUUAGGAGUAUGGAGUUAAUGGGGUUUUAUAUUUGGUUUAGGCCUCUUGACAGUUUUCCUUUUAGUUUCUGUUUGGUAUUUUCUUUUUAUAUCAUUAGUAUGUUUCCGUUUUAAGACUUCCUUUGUAAAGUGGCGAUUGACUGUUGGAGGCAUUUUAUCUGUAAGAACCGAGAAGCUAAGAUUAGAUAGUAUUUGCAAUUAGUGUUUGAAGAGCAAACGCUUCUAUUUUGUU